CCGGAACUUCAAACAGAGCAGCAACAAACUACUUCGUCUGUAUGUCAGGUCUCUCUUUCUUCCCUGUAAGUCCACAAUGUCAGCAAGCUUACCUCAACCGUUCGUGGUUUCUUUCACAGAGAUGGCAACCACCCUUCGUGAAGUUCACCAAGCCCAUGCCCACAUGAUCAAAACAGGCCUCAUUCGUAAUACUUUCGCAGCAAGUCGCUUAAUUGCCUUCGCUGAUACUAACCCCUCCGACCCAAGAACCCUCGCAUACGCCCACUCAGUAUUCACUGGCAUCUCUAACCCAAACUCCUACGUAUGGAACACCAUAAUUCGAGCCUACGCAAAUAGCUCUACUCCGGUUCAUGCCCUUCUCAUCUUUCACCAAAUGCUACAUGGUCCUGUCUUCCCUGAUAAGUUUUCCUUCCCCUUCGUUCUUAAGGCUUGCUCUUAUCUUCGUUGGAUCAAAGAAGGACAACAAAUACACACCCAUAUUGUCAAAGUUGGGCUUGGUUCUGAUGUUUUCAUUCAGAACACCUUAAUUCAUUUGUAUGCAAGCGCUGGGUUCUUCGAAUGUGCUCACAAUUUGCUCGAUAGAAUGCUUGAAAGGAAUGUGAUUUCAUGGAAUGCUAUAUUGAGUGCUCAUGUUAGUCAGGGUUUGAUGGAGCAAGCGCUUGACUUGUUCGAGGAAAUGCCGGACAAAAAUGUGGAGUCAUGGAAUUUCAUGAUUUCAGGGUAUGUGAGUCUUGGAUUGAUUCAAGAAGCAAGGAAUCUUUUUGAUGUAAUGCCACUGAGAGAUGUUGUUUCUUGGAACGCAAUGCUUACAGGCUAUGCACAUGCUAGUUGCUUCGAUGAAGUACUUGCAAUUUUUGAAGAUCUGCAAAAUGCAAAGGUGAAGCCAAAUAGUUACACACUUGUAAAUGUCUUAUCGGCAUGUGCAAACAUGGGAGCCAUGAACCAAGGUGAAUGGAUCCACUCUUUUAUCAAUAAGAAUGGCAUCAAGAUUGAUGGGUUCCUCGCUACUGCUCUUGUAGACUUGUAUUCCAAGUGUGGAAAUAUUGAGAAGGCUAUAGAAGUGUUUGGUAAUACUUUGAGAAAGGAUAUUAGUACUUGGAAUUCCAUAAUUGCGGGAUUAAGUAUACAUGGCUAUGGAGAGGAUGCACUCAGGGUUUUCUCUGAGAUGCUAACUGAGGGAUACUCACCUAAUGAGAUUACUUUCGUAAGUGUUCUUUCCGCUUGUAGUCGUGCAGGUCUGUUGGAGGAGGGUCGUGCAGUUUUCGAUUUAAUGGUACAUGUUCAUGGAAUUGAACCAUCCAUUGAGCACUAUGGCUGUUUGGUUGAUUUACUUGGUCGGGCUGGAUUAUUGGAAGAGGCUGAGGAGCUUAUAAAAACAAUGCCGCUUAAGGAUGCUCCUGCAGUUUGGGAGUCUUUAUUGAAUGCGUGCAGAAUACACGAAAAUGUUGAACUAGCAGAGUGUGUUGCAAUGAGACUUUUAGAGUUGAAUCCCCAAGAUAGUGCUGGUUAUGUACAAUUGUCCAAUAUAUAUGGAUCCAUUGGGAGAUGGAAUGAUGUCCGAGAGGUGAGGAGGAUGAUGAGAGCACAAAAAGUGAGAAAGGAACCUGGUUGCAGCAUGAUUGAGGUGGAUGGCAUUGUUCACGAGUUCUUAGCUAGUGAUGGGUUGUACUCUCAAGGGGAUUAGGAAUACCAGAGGUUGGUUACUAUCAACAAAACAAAUUUCCUUUGGUUCUAUAUCAAUGAGAUUUUUGAGAUUGACAAUAAGAAGAAGA